AAUAUUACUUGUAUUUUUAAAAUUUGUCUUUUCAGAUCUCCUGAUAUUCACUAUGUCAGAUCAAGUCAUUGAGUUUAAGUUGAAGAAUCCACCAACCGAUGGUAUUUCAGCUGUAAAAUUUGGACCCAAUUCUAACCAGUUUUUACUUGUGUCAUCAUGGGACAGCAGUGUACGCCUUUAUGAUGUUAUUAGUAACAAUAUGAGAAUGAUGUAUAACCACAGUUGUGCUGUUUUGGAUUGUUGCUUCCAUGAUUCCGUUCAUGUCUACAGCGGUGGCAUUGAUGAUACUUUGAAGUCAUAUGACUUCAAUGCUAAUGCAGAGACUACUGUCGGUAAACAUGAUGCACCAAUCCGUUGUGUAGAGUAUUGUUCGAGUGUGAAUGUUAUUGUAACUGGAAGUUGGGAUCACAGUGUCAAACUGUGGGACCCACGAUCUCCAUGCAGCUCUGGAGGACUCGCCCAACCAGAUAAAGUGUAUACCUUAGCUGUGUGUGGUGACAGAUUGGUUGUUGGCACUGCUGGAAGAAGAGUUUUGGUAUGGGAUUUACGAAACAUUGGCUAUGUCCAGCAAAGAAGAGAGUCAAGUUUAAAAUUUCAGACUCGAUGUAUAAGAUGUUUUCCAAACAAACAAGGAUAUGUUUUGAGUUCAAUUGAAGGUCGAGUUGCUGUUGAAUACCUUGAUCCCAGUCCUGAAGUGCAAAAGAAGAAAUAUGCUUUCAAAUGUCAUCGAAUUAAAGAAAAUGGUGUUGAGAAAAUUUAUCCAGUGAAUUCUAUUGCUUUCCACAAUACUCAUAACACAUUUGCCACAGGUGGUUCUGAUGGGUUUGUAAAUAUAUGGGAUGGCUUCAACAAGAAAAGACUCUGUCAGUUUCAUAAAUAUCCAACCAGUAUAUCUUCAUUGGCUUUCAGUCACGAUGGUAGCACUCUGGCCAUAGCAUCUUCAUAUAUGUAUGAAUCGGAUGAAAUGAAGGAUUUACCCGAAGACACUGUAUUCAUUCGUAAUGUAACCGAUCAAGAAACCAAACCUAAAUCAUAAAUAUUAUAGUUUUCUUCUUAUUUUAAUUACGUUGAAAUAAAAUUAACAAACAUUUA